AGGAGAGGCAGGAGCUGAGCCUAGCACCGAGGAGAGGCAGGAGCUGAGCCUAGCACCAAGGAGAGGCAGGAGCUGAGCCCAGCACGAAGGGGAGGCAGGAGCUGAGCCCAGCACGGAGGAGAGGCAGGAGCUGAGCCCAGCACGGAGGAGAGGCAGGAGCUGAGCCCAGCACGAAGGGGAGGCAGGAGCUGAGCCCAGCACGGAGGAGAGGCAGGAGCUGAGCCCAGCACGAAGGGGAGGCAGGAGCUGAGCCCAGCACGGAGGAGAGGCAGGAGCUGAGCCUAGCACCAAGGAGAGGCAGGAGCUGAGCCUAGCACCAAGGGGAGGCAGGAGCUGAGCCCAGCACGGAGGGGAGGCAGGAGCUGAGCCUAGCACGGAGGAGAGGCAGGAGCUGAGCCCAGCAGCAUGUCGGAGCUGGAGCAGCUGCAGCACCAGGACAUCCCUACAGGAAGGCAGCUGCUGCGCGACCACCACUGCAACCUCCUCAGAGUCGCCGACUACUGUGAGAGCAACUACCUGGAGGCCAGCGACAAGCGGAAGGCGCUGGAGGAGACGAUGGCUAUGAGCACCCAGUCCCUGGCCAGCGUCACCUACCAGGUCAGCAGCUUGGCCACUGCCUUCCUCCGGCUGCUGGACCUGCAGGCAGACGAGCUGCAGAGGGUGGAGGCUGAUGUCAGCUGCCUGGCACAGAGGGUGGACAUGCACAAGGAGAAGGUGGCCCGGCGGGAGAUCGGCUCCCUGGCCGUCAGCAGGAGGCUCCCAGCCCACCAGAGGGUCACAUCCCCCCCCAGCCCACCCUGCCUGCAGCCCUACUACAGGAGACCUCUCAACUUCAGCGUCCUGGAUGACCUUGGCCACGGCAUAAAGGACCCCAGCACUCAGCUGUCCCGCACGGGCACCCUGGCUCGGAAGGGCAUCAAAUCAACGGCUCAGGCUUCGGGCACCUUGGGGAGAGGCAAUCGCAUCCCUGAGCCCAUCCAGCCACCUGUGGUUCCCGAGGGAAAGCUCUCCACAGCCUCCUCCACCUCCUCGCUGCCAUCCACCAGCUCGAGUGCAGCCCCAGCAGCCCCCAGUGAAGGCAUCCCAGUACCACCACCACUGCCCUCCCUGCCACCACCUGCAGCCAUCAUCCCACCACCUCCACCUCUCCCUGGGGACCUGCCCCCACCACCUCUAGAGGACCUUCCUGUGCCUUCAUUGGACCUCAUACCCCCAGCCCCUGAUGACCUGGAGCCACCACCACCCCCAGCAGCUUUGCCUGAGGAUUUGGCCCCACCACCACCACCACCUGCUGCAGAGGAUCCUCCCUGGGUCCCAGAGAACUACCUGGAGAAAGUGGUGGCUCUCUACCCCUACACCCAGCAGAAGGACAAUGAGCUCUCCUUCCAGCCCGGCGCCCUCCUCUUCGUCACACGGCGCUACUCGGACGGCUGGUGCGAGGGGGUGCUGGGGCAGCAGGCAGGCUUCUUCCCUGGCAACUACGUGGAGCCCUUCUGAGCACCCAGGACAGGCACCCUCCAGCACCCCCACACCCAGGACUGGCCACAUCCUGCUCCUGCUGGGGCAGGGCUGUUCUUUUGCCUCUCCAGUUUGGUUUUGCACAGCUGAGGUUUCGGAGGACUGCUUGGGUUGGGGAAGACCUCUCAAGAUCACUGAGUGCAACCUUCAGCCCAACACCUUUGUGCCCAUGAAACUGUGUCCCCAAGUGCCACAGUGGUGGUCAGGAUGCUGGUCCCAUGGGGAUGCUUCUGGUAGUAAGAGCCACGCAGGACCAUAGGGCUGGAAGGGACCUCAAAGCUUAGCCAGCUCCAAGGCCCUGCUGUGGGCAGGGACAUCUCCCACUAGAUCAAGUUGCUCAAGGCCUCAUCCAGCCUGGUCCUGAACACCUCCAGGGAGGUUGUGGAGCACAGAAGCAC